AUACCUAUAGGUGUCGUGACAACACUUCUGCCUACACAAACAGAAGCUACAACAGAGGCAGUGACAAGCAAUGCAGUACAAUCUGCAAUAACAGAGUCAUCACCACCUCAAGUCAUAACAGAAUCUUUAACAACCAAAACUGUGUCAAUAACACCAAGUGAAACAACAGUGUCUUCAUCAGAAACAGCACCACCAACAACAAAAAUAACAUCAUCUAAUGUGAUUUUUACAGCUGCCAAGGCAAAAAGUGCAAAUACUUUAACAUCAACAGGAAAAUCAUCAGCAUUGCCAACAACUGGUUGGGGCACAACCACAGCAGCAACUGCUAAUAAUGAACCAAAAACAACCAAUUCUACACUAACUGAGGUUUCAUCUACUGUUUUAGUUUCUAUGACAGUAGAUACUGUGACAACAACAACAGCUCUAGCAGAGUCUGCUACUGAGACCAAAGCUUCAACCUUUGAACAAGUGACUUCAGCGUUGCCAGUAACAGCACUGGGCUCAACCACAGCAGCAACUGUUACCAAUGAACGAGAAUCAACCAAGAAUACACUAGCUGAGGGUUCAUCUACUAUGUUACAUUCAGUGGCAGUAGAUACAGUCACAACAACAUUGACAACAAGCUUAACAGAGUCUGCUACUGCACCCAAAGCUUCAACCUUGGUACCAGAGACAUCUCAGGUCACAGGAGAAUCAUCAUCAGUCCAAAAGGAAACUACAACAUUAAUGUCAGUUAAGCCAGUAACAGUGGCACAUACCUCAGAAGUCUCCACCACUGUUGAAAGAGUGAAACAAGAACCUACAACACAUGCUGACAAUGGUUCUUCAUCAGCAGGAAUAACUACAUUGAGAGCAUCUGGUACAACAGAAUCAACAUUGGCUUCAACUACAGCAGUACUAAAAACAGAGGGAUCACCACCUUUACCUGAGACAAGUGAUGUAAAGACAACAACUGCAAGAUCAUCCAGAUCUACAGAAUCAACUGCAGAAGCCCCAACAUUGUUGGUACGAACAACAAGUACAACUAAUGCAACAUCAGCAGGAGUGACAUCAGCAUUGACAGCAACUGCACUGGGCUCAACCACAGCAGCAACUGUUAGCAAUGAACCAGAAUCAACCAAGAAUACACUAGCUGAGGGUUCAUCUACUAUGUUACAUUCUGUGGCAGUAGAUACAGUCACAACAACAUCGACAACAAGCUUAACAGAGUCUGCUACUGCACCCAAAGCUUCAACCUUGGUACCAGUGACAUCUCAAGUUACAACAGAAUCAUCAUCAGCCCAAAACGAAACUACAAAAUUAAUUUCAGUGAAACCAGUAACAGUGGUUCAUACCUCAGAAGUCUCCACUACUGUAGAAAGAGUUUCACAAGAAACUACAACACACGCUGACAUUGGUUCUUCAUUAGCAGGAAUAACUACAUUGAGAGCAUCUGGUACAACAGAAUCAACAUUGGCUUCAACUACAGCAGUACUAAAAACAGAGGGAUCAUCACCUUUACCUGAGACAGGUGAAGUAAAGACAACAAUUGCAAGAACAUCUGGAACUACAGAAUCAUCUGCAGAAGCACCAACAUUGUUGGUACGAACAACAAGUGCAACUAAUGCAACAUCAGCAGGAGUGACAUCAGCAUUGACAGCAACUGCACUGGGCUCAACCACAGCAGCAACUGUUAGCAAUGAACCAGAAUCAACCAAGAAUACACUAGCUGAGGGUUCAUCUACUAUGCUGCAUUCUGUGGCAGUAGAUACAGUCACAACAACAUCGACAACAAGCUUAGCAGGGUAUGCUACUGCACCAAAAGCCUCAACCUUGGUACCAGUGACAUCUGAAGUUACAACAGAAUCAUCAUCAGCCCAAAACGAAACUACAAAAUUAAUUUCAGUGAAACCAGUAACAGUGGUUCAUACCUCAGAAGUCUCCACUACUGUAGAAAGAGUUUCACAAGAAACUACAACACACGCUGACAUUGGUUCUUCAUUAGCAGGAAUAACUACAUUGAGAGCAUCUGGUACAACAGAAUCAACAUUGGCUUCAACUACAGCAGUACUAAAAACAGAGGGAUCAUCACCUUUACCUGAGACAGGUGAAGUAAAGACAACAAUUGCAAGAACAUCUGGAACUACAGAAUCAUCUGCAGAAGCACCAACAUUGUUGGUACGAACAACAAGUGCAACUAAUGCAACAUCAGCAGGAGUGACAUCAGCAUUGACAGCAACUGCACUGGGCUCAACCACAGCAGCAACUGUUAGCAAUGAACCAGAAUCAACCAAGAAUACACUAGCUGAGGGUUCAUCUACUAUGCUGCAUUCUGUGGCAGUAGAUACAGUCACAACAACAUCGACAACAAGCUUAGCAGGGUAUGCUACUGCACCAAAAGCCUCAACCUUGGUACCAGUGACAUCUGAAGUUACAACAGAAUCAUCAUCAGCCCAAAACGAAACUACAACAUUAAUUUCAGUGAAGCCAGUAACAGUGGUUCAUACCUCAGAAGUCUCCAUCACUGUUGAAAAAGUGACACAAGAACCUACAACACAUGCUGACAAUGGUUCUUCAUCAGCAGGAACAACUACAUUGAGAGCAUCUGGUACAACAGAAUCAACAUUGGCUUUAACUACAGCAGUACUAAAAACAGAGGGAUCAUCACCUUUACCUGAGACAGGUAAAGUAAAGACAUCAUCCAGAACUACAGAAUCAUCUUCAGAAGCCCCAACAUUGUUGGUACGAACAACAAGUGCAACUAAUGCAACAUCAGCAGGAGUGACAUCAGCAUUGACAGCAACUGCACUGGGCUCAACCACAGCAGCAACUGUUAGCAAUGAACCAGAAUCAACCAAGAAUACACUAGAUAAGGGUUCAUCUACUAUGUUGCAUUCUGUGGCAGUAGAUACAAUCACAACAACAUCGACCACAAGCUUAACAGAGUCUGCUACUGCACCCAAAGCUUCAACCUUGGUAUCAGAGACAUCUCAGGUCACAGGAGAAUCGUCAUCAGUCCAAAAGGAAACUACGACAUUAAUGUCAGUAAAGCCAGUAACAGUGGCACAUACCUCAGAGGUGUUCACCACAGUUGAUAGAGUGAAACAAGAACCUACAACACAUGCUGACAAUGGUUCUUCAUCAGCAGGAAUAACUACAUUGAGAGCAUCUGGAACAACAGAAUCAACAUUGGCUUCAACUACAGCAGUACUAAAAACAGAGGGAUCACCACCUUUACCUGAGACAGGUGAAGUAAAGACAACAACUGCAAAUACAUCCAGAACUACAGAAUCAUCUGCAGAAGCCCCAACAUUGUUGGUACGAACAACAAGUGCAACUAAUGCAACAUCGGCAGUAGUGACAUCAGCAUUGACAGCAACUGCACUGGGCUCAACCACAGCAGCAACUGUUAGCAAUGAACCAGAAUCAACCAGGAACACACUAGCUGAGGGUUCAUCUACUAUGUUACAUUCUGUGGCAGUAGAUACAGUCACAACAACAUCGACAACAAGCUUAGCAGGGUAUGCUACUGCACCAAAAGCCUCAACCUUGGUACCAGUGACAUCUCAAGUUACAACAGAAUCAUCAUCAGCCCAAAACGAAACUACAACAUUAAUUUCAGUGAAACCAGUAACAGUGGCACAUACCUCAGAAGUCUCCACCACUGUUGAAAAAGUGACACAAGAACCUACAACACAUGCUGACAAUGGUUCUUCAUCAGCAGGAACAACUACAUUGAGAGCAUCUGGUACAACAGAAUCAACAUUGGCUUCAACUACAGCAGUACUAAAAACAGAGGGAUCACCACCUUUACCUGAGACAAGUGAUGUAAAGACAACAAUUGCAAGAUCAUCCAGAACUACAGAAUCAUCUGCAAAAGCCCCAAUAUUGUUGGUACGAACAACAAGUGCAACUAAUGCAACAUCAGCAGGAGUGACAUCAGCAUUGACAGCAACUGCACUGGGCUCAACCACAGCAGCAACUGUUAGCAAUGAACCAGAAUCAACCAAGAAUACACUAGCUGAGGGUUCAUCUACUAUGUUGCAUUCUGUGGCAGUAGAUACAAUCGCAACAACAUCGACAACAAGCUUAACAGAGUCUGCUACUGCACCCAAAGCUUCAACCUUGGUACCAGUGACAUCUCAAGUUACAACAGAAUCAUCAUCAGCCCAAAACGAAACUACAACAUUAAUUUCAGUGAAACCAGUAACAGUGGCACAUACCUCAGAAGUCUCCACCACUGUUGAAAAAGUGACACAAGAACCUACAUCACAUGCUGACAAUGGUUCUUCAUUAGCAGGAACAACUACAUUGAGAGCAUCUGGUACAACAGAAUCAACAUUGGCUUCAACUACAGCAGUACUAAAAACAGAGGGAUCAUCACCUUUACCUGAGACAGGUGAAGUAAAGACAACAAUUGCAAGAACAUCUGGAACUACAGAAUCAUCUUCAGAAGCCCCAACAUUGUUGGUACAAACAACAAGUGCAACUAAUGCAACAUCAGCAGGAGUGACAUCAGCAUUGACAGCAACUGCACUGGGCUCAACCACAGCAGCAACUGUUAGCAAUGAACCAGAAUCAACCAAGAAUACACUAGAUAAGGGUUCAUCUACUAUGUUGCAUUCUGUGGCAGUAGAUACAAUCACAACAACAUCGACAACAAGCUUAACAGAGUCUGCUACUGCACCCAAAGCUUCAACCUUGGUAUCAGAGACAUCUCAGGUCACAGGAGAAUCGUCAUCAGUCCAAAAGGAAACUACAACAUUAAUGUCAGUGAAGCCAGUAACAGUGGCACAUACCUCAGAGGUGUUCACCACAGUUGAUAGAGUGAAACAAGAACCUACAACACAUGCUGACAAUGGUUCUUCAUCAGCAGGAAUAACUACAUUGAGAGCAUCUGGAACAACAGAAUCAACAUUGGCUUCAACUACAGCAGUACUAAAAACAGAGGGAUCAUCACCUUUACCUGAGACAGGUGAAGUAAAGACAACAACUGCAAAUACAUCCAGAACUACAGAAUCAUCUGCAGAAGCCCCAACAUUGUUGGUACGAACAACAAGUACAACUAAUGCAACAUCGGCAGUAGUGACAUCAGCAUUGACAGCAACUGCACUGGGCUCAACCACAGCAGCAACUGUUAGCAAUGAACCAGAAUCAACCAGGAACACACUAGCUGAGGGUUCAUCUACUAUGUUACAUUCUGUGGCAGUAGAUACAGUCACAACAACAUCGACAACAAGCUUAGCAGGGUAUGCUACUGCACCAAAAGCCUCAACCUUGGUACCAGUGACAUCUCAAGUUACAACAGAAUCAUCAUCAGCCCAAAACGAAACUACAAAAUUAAUUUCAGUGAAACCAGUAACAGUGGUUCAUACCUCAGAAGUCUCCACCACUGUUGAAAAAGUGACACAAGAACCUACAACACAUGCUGACAAUGGUUCUUCAUUAGCAGGAACAACUACAUUGAGAGCAUCUGGUACAACAGAAUCAACAUUGGCUUUAACUACAGCAGUACUAAAAACAGAGGGAUCAUCACCUUUACCUGAGACAGGUGAAGUAAAGACAACAAUUGCAAGAACAUCUGGAACUACAGAAUCAUCUGCAGAAGCCCCAACAUUGUUGGUACGAACAACAAGUGCAACUAAUGCAACAUCAGCAGGAGUGACAUCAGCAUUGACAGCAACUGCACUGGGCUCAACCACAGCAGCAACUGUUAGCAAUGAACCAGAAUCAACCAAGAAUACACUAGCUGAGGGUUCAUCUACUAUGUUGCAUUCUGUGGCAGUAGAUACAAUCGCAACAACAUCGACAACAAGCUUAACAGAGUCUGCUACUGCACCCAAAGCUUCAACCUUGGUACCAGUGACAUCUCAAGUUACAACAGAAUCAUCAUCAGCCCAAAAUGAAACUACAACAUUAAUGUCAGUAAAGCCAGUAACAUUGGCUCAUACCUCAGAAGUCUCCACCACUGUUGAAAAAGUGACACAAGAACCUACAUCACAUGCUGACAAUGGUUCUUCAUUAGCAGGAAUAACUACAUUGAGAGCAUCUGGUACAGAAUCAAUAGGAUCAACAUUUGCUUCAACUACAGCAGUACUUAAAACAGAGGGAUCAUCACCUUUACCUGUGACAGGUGAAGUAAAGACAACAACUGCAAGAACAUCCGGAACUACAGAAUCAUCUGCAGAAGCUCCAACAUUGAUGGUACGAACAACAAGUGCAACUAAUGCAACAUCAGCAGUAGUGACAUCAGCAUUGUCAGCAACUACAGCCAGGACAACCACAGCAGCAACAAUAACUACAACUGGAGAUGUAGUGACAACAAAAAUAGUUCUAGCAGUGUCUUCUACUGCACCCAAAGCUUCAACCUUGGUAUCAGUGUCAUCAGUAUUGCCAGCAACUGCAUCAGAGACAAAUACAGCAGCUAAUGUUAGCAGUGAACCAGAAUCAACCAAGAAUACAUCAGCUAAGGUUUCACCAACUGUAUUACAUUCUACAACAACAACAACAACAAGGAAGCCAGUAACAAUGUCUCAUACCUCAGAGGUCUCCACCACUGUCAAAAAUGGUACUUUAUCAACAGGACAUACUACAUUGAACAAAUCUGGUACCCCCGAAUCAAGAAUUGCACUGACGACAGUAGCAACAGAGACCACAAACACUGAUCCUCCUACCAUUGACGAGGGAAGCAUACACUUAAGAUUCAGUCUAAAUGAAACUUUCAGAGAAAUAUAUAACAACCGAUCAUCCCCUGAAUUCAUUGCAUUAGCAACACAUGUGGUAACUGUGAUAAACGGAAUUUACAGGGCAAGCGAUCUCAGAGGAUACAGACGAAGCAGAGUCAACUCUUUCACGAGUGGCUCCAUUAAAGUAGACAUGACUCUUAUCUUUGAGAAUUCUUCUAUAGUCCCAAGCUCAUUUGAAGUAGAAGCUAUUCUUAACAUGACCGCUCUGAAUGGUACCAUACCUCUGGACAUCAUACUUGAAACUAUCAAAGCAGGGGAAAUAGUAACUUCUACACCAGUGCCUGUCUCAAAUGUUGAAUCUACCACCACAAAAUACACAUCGAGUACAAAUGAGUACACAAACACCACGUCUAGUGGCUUUCCAUGGAUGGUUCGCUGUUCACUUCUGACUAUAUAUCCAGCCAUAAUUGUUUUAUUAGCACAAACAUUGUUGUAAUUUUAAAGUGCACUGGUAAAGUUCACUAAAGAAACAAAAUGAAAGGCAAUAUGUUUAAUAUAAUAUUUAAGCUGAUUGUAUUGGUGAGUAAUGGACAAAUGUUGUAGAAGUUUAUUUUAUGCAGAGACUGUAGUUUACGGAGAGACUAAAGACUAUAGUUUUUUAGGACCAUCAGCCUAUAAAAUAAAAUGAAUCUGAGAAGGACUAGUCAUCAGGG